AUCGGAAAAAGACAUGGCCAUCCCCCGCACUCCUGUCAAGAGCGGGCAAGAGCUAUAUCAAUUGAUCGAAAUUCUCAACGAACAAUUCUAUCUUGAAAUUCCCAAUCCUCGGAUCUAUUCACCGUCAGUUGGCCGCAAUGAGCAGACUCCUCGAUGGCGCACGUAUAAAGGCCUCAAACGGCUCUACUUCAACCGCGAGGUUGACCUUGGACGGAUCUUGAACGACUUUGAGGAAUGGGUCCAUUCUCGCUCGACGUCGCAUUUGGAUACGCGCAGUGGCGUGGGGCGCAUAUCGCAAAGUCGUUCAGCCUUGUCAAGGAGGGACCAAUUGAUGGUCGCGGAUCCCAGCGUCAUUUCUACGCAUGAGAAGGACGAGCGGCUUGCGUAUCUGUUGAAGGUCGUGGAUGACGAGAUAUACUUGCUGAGCAGGGGCUCGGUCCGCGUCUAUGCAGACGACAAUCGUAUGCAAAUCUCACCCAGCACGGUGUUCAGGCCGCUUAAGAGAAGGAUAUAUGAAGAAGAGGAGGAUGACGAAGAGUAUCACACCGCGCCCAACUCACCUGUGAAGAAUCCCAACGUUCAAAAUCACGCCCCAGCAAAUGGGAAUGAGCUUGAGUCCCUAGCUAUUAGCGGGGAGAAUGGGGUCACCGCCUCCUCGCUAAUGGUCAACGAGUCCGUCCAUGUCUUUAAGACCCCUGUGGCAGUGGAUAGAGGCAAAGAACCAUCCCGAUUUCUGGAGAAGCUUACCGCUCCAGACAAUGUUCGGCGUUACGACACGGCGCCUAGUGCGCAUGCAGGACUGAACAUUACUUUCUCCAGUGUCGCCACGUCAUUUGGCCGUGAAUCUCGGCGCCAGCUCGAUACUUCCUUCACCUCGACGGUUACCGACGCCACUGAGCCCAUGGUCGAUUCUGAUUCUAUGUAUGAAGAUUCAGUUGUGGGGCAUCUGAUCAGCCACGAUAUGGACGUGACCAUGGAUGAUACAGGCACGAUGACUGAAAUUCCUCCUGAAGAAGCCCCUCAUUCAACUGAGGGACGAAUCAUGGAACAGCUUCUGCACAGUGGGCCGUUCUCACUAGAGCAACCAUUUCCAAAGUCGAUUCCUCUGCGCUAUCGGUACGAGCUGGAACGGGUUGGUAGAGCAUGGGGUGUCCCUUUGGACCGCAUGCUAGUUGGGAGCAGCAUGACUUUUAAGUCAUAUGGCGAGUUCUGGAAGUGGAUUGAAGGCCAUAAUCAGCGAUGUGGGAAGCCACUUCCAGAAAAGUCGACCAGCAAAGCAUGGGAAGCAGCUACUGGUUCAUUCAAGACGGAUAAGCACUCGGAGGUCGUCAUUCUUACGGGCGACUUGGACUGGUGCAGUGAAUCGGAACCAGGCAUCCUCAGAUUCAGAUUGAAUCCCCUCAAGAUGGAGCGAACCUGCCGGUUCCGCCGACGCUUUGGAUCCGAUCGAUUUCUCAGCUUGACAAUGCCUGCGCCGGCGCGGCCACUGCGCCAUCUACGCUUCAACCCGCAUCCAACACUUUUGCGCGAGAGUUUAGCGCUGUGGCUCACCCAGCAUGUCCAUCGCUGCCUAGGACGGACAUGGCGGCCCUUCUAUGUGGAAGAGAUCAAGACAAAGUGCAAACUCAAGAAGACAGAGCCAAGGUUCAGAGUGGAGUUCUUUGCGAUCGAUGGUGUCGAUUUUGUACACAGCCCGGGCACGGUGCCAUCCAUUGCUCCUCAGGGCCAAGACAGCGAUAGUCAUACACCGAUGAGUCUGGAAGCGCUGAUGGACUGGCACAUGCCCCCGGAGGCCAAUGUAAAUCAGUCCAACUGCAAGCUGUUUCAGCGGAUCUCGCUAGGACUGUCCAAAACUUAUGCUACGAUUGUCUUGAAACCAUGGCAGAUCUUGCAUCUCAAAGAUGUACCAAACCGUCCAGUCAUGAACGAUGGUUGCGCUCUCAUGUCUAGACGUUUAGCUAAUGCAAUCUGCGAUCAGUUAGGAAUUACUGGAAACACCCCUAGCGUUUUCCAGGGAAGGAUUGCGGGUGCUAAAGGGCUAUGGAUGGUGGACCGCCACAACUCUGACGUUUUUGUAGGGGGUGAUGAUUUCUGGAUUCAGAUAUCAGAUUCCCAGUUGAAGAUCCAGCCUCAUCCGCAGGCUUGGCGGGAACCGGUUGAUGAUGAGAAACUCACAUUUGAGGUGGUCAAGUGGUCCAAACCCUUGUACCCGGUGGAACUGAACACCCAGUUGCUUGCCAUUCUCGAGCAUGGUGGACAGGUCAGAGAGUACAUUGCUGAGCUCACCCGAGCUGGCAUUAGGGCGAUUUCUCAAGACUUUGCCAGCGUGCUGGAGUCUAACAGCGCUGUGUUAUGCCAGGAUGAAACGCCUGGAGCAGUGGACUGCUACGGAUGCGGAAGCCAUCAUCAGGCUUACCGAAGCUGGGUUCGCUCCACGGAGUUUCUACCCCUACGCAAGCGGCUGGGACGAUGUCUGAGAGACUUGCUUGACCGCUAUGUGGAUGAGUUACAUAUCGAAGUCCCACUUUCCACUUAUGCCUUCUGCAUUGCAGACCCGUACGGGGUUCUGAAAGAGGACGAGGUGCAUUUUGGGUUUUCGAACAACUGGCGCGAUGCCCGGGGGCAAUUCGAGGACAACCUCCUUGACGGCAUGGACGUUCUGGUCGGUCGUCUGCCUGCUCACGUACCCUCCGAUAUCCAGCGUCGACGAGCCGUGUGGAAACCGGAGCUUCGGCACUUCAAGGAUGUCAUCGUCUUUCCCACUACGGGUGACAUUCCACUGGCACAUAUGCUGUCUGGUGGCGACUACGAUGGAGAUACACCGUGGAUAUGCUGGGACCAGAACAUUGUGCAGCGCUUUCAGAAUUCCGACCUGCCUGCAAAGGAGUUCCCGCCGGAGCAUUUUGGACUCUCAAAACAUUCAGUGCCCAUGAGGGACAUACAGUCGACGGACGAGUUUCUUCAAAGUGCCUUUACCUUUAACCUGACGACCUCGAAUCUAGGCCGAUGCACCGUCGAGCAUGAGAAGAUUGCAUACGACGAGUCGAUCGACUCAGCUAAAGCCAAGGAGCUGGCAUGUCUGCUCAGCCAUCUGGUCGACGGCCGCAAAGGAGGGCUGCACCUGUCAGAGCAGGCCUGGCAGCAAUACCGGAAGAAGAUUAGCCCCAAGGCUAGAGAGCUCCCUGCGUAUAAGAACGCGGGACGCAAACCCAAGAAAACCAACAUCAUAGACUACCUCAAAUUUGAGGUAGCCCGUAAGGAGCGACAUGCAGUGCUGGAAGACCUGCAGCGAGCUUUUCCGGAGGAUGACAGCGUGUACGAUCGGGAUGAAGAUCUCGUCCGCCCGUGGAACGAGGCCCAGCGGGAAGCAGGGAUCGAGGAGCAAGGGGAAAGCGAGCACGGGCAGCUCCGCGCCGCGCUCAAGUAUGCCCAGCGGGAGGUCGAAAGACUCUACAGCCAAUGGAUCGGCUCUAUUUCGGGAGAGAACUCCUUCUCGCCCCUUGCGCGCGAGGCGGCAGAGGAAGCGCGGAAGAUCCCUCCGCCGUCCCUUGGAGAUCAUCCGAUGAUCCAUAUGUGGCGACAUAGCAAGGAUGAAUGGCUUCGGCUGUUGGCCUCGUACACGUACCGGAAGCAUAGCCAUGCCAGUUUCACAAUCCAUGCCUUUGGGGAGACCCUCUGCCACAUCAAGGCGAGCAACUUGCCGUCCAGGUCGGUCACCAAUGAAAUUCUGGCUUGCUACCGGGUUAAUCACAAGGCGAUCAGCCAGCUUACGGCGAAGGAUGCCGUUGAUGAGCCCGAUGAUGGAGACGAAUAUGAAGGGGAAGAUGCUGUAGAAGCGAUGCUGUAUGGGAUGCACAUGCCUGGUGCAUAUGAGGACGCCGAGGAGGACGGGCUGUCUGUGGAGUGAUCGACUACAUUUACGUAUUUUUGUCUAGUCUCUAGGAUAUGU